AUGCAUAUCCUGGUUACCAACGACGACGGGCCGCCGUCGAAUCAGUCGUCGCCCUACAUCCAUUCCCUCAUCCACACGCUGCAGAACGCCGGGCAUAUUGUAUCAGUGAUUCUCCCGCAUCAACAGCGGUCAUGGAUCGGUAAAGCCCAUAUUGUCGGUGCCUCCGUGGUGCCAACCUACUUCCGCCCCGGCACUCUCCAUGAGGACGAUGGGACGGUCCACCACCUGCCACGGGGGUGCGAUCCCGCUGAAGACGACGACGAAGGUGAAGGCGACGAAUGGAUAUUGAUCAACUCAACACCGGCAAGUUGCGUCCAAGUUGGCCUUUACCACUACUUCCAAGACCGGGGUCCGAUAGAUCUGAUCAUCUCCGGUCCCAACUACGGCCGGAAUACCACCGCUUUAUUCGCACUGUCGAGUGGCACUAUCGGUGCGGCGAUGGAAGGUGCUGUCUGCGGGAAACGGUCAAUCGCAUUGUCUUACGCUUUCAGCUCGCGCAACCACGACCCCGUCGUUAUCGCGGAAGCGUCGCGCCAUUCGGUCAAGCUUAUCGAGUACCUGGUGAACAACUGGGUGGAUGGCGUGGACCUGUACAGCAUUAACGUCCCGCUGGAGCCUGGUGUUAGUCAAUGCAAGACUGUAUACACGGAGAUGCUUGACAACCGGUGGUCGUCGGGUAGCUGUUUCACGGCCGUGGAUCCUCUGGUGGUGGAUCAGGACCCCAACACGCAAGAGAGGAAACUGCGCGAACAAGGUGAGAAAACCGGGGUAGCACCUGCUGUGCCUAAUCCGGUGCCUGGAAAGAGGUCGAAUCUUCAGCACAAGCAUUUCCAGUGGAGUCCGAACUUCGGGGAUGUGUUUAGGAGUGUGGAAGAGAGCAAGCCAGGAAAUGAUGGCCGUGCUGUUAGAGAGGGGAUGACAAGUGUUACGCCUCUGAGAGCAAACUUUAUGCAUACCCCCAAUAUCCAAGGGGAGAUUAAGCUACCGGAUCAUGGAUCUUCCCCUGCCCUACACUGCGUCGUCGACUGUGACGAUGGUUACGUCCAGGAAUUGAUGACACAGGCAUUACAGAGCCGCCUGGGAAGCAAUACUUGCCGGUCUAUUUCUUCUUUAUCGGAGCUGUCAAAGCGAAGCCAACUCGUCUUUCAAUACCGGGAAUACGAACGACUCGACUUUGAACAUGUCAUGAUGCAUACGUCCUCGUCGCUCGCCAACGCAUACAUCAUCCGAAAAGCGCUUAUCCGCAAGCAUUAUCUGUCGAACACGGUGUCCAGCUGGGUCUCGAAGCACCCAGACAGCCUCUUACGAAACCACUUUAAAUUUGGCUUUGACUUUGAGUUGGACUAUGCUGAGUUCCUCGAUGAUGCAUUGCUGGAGGCUUACGAGCUGCGUCACAGCUUGGAGAAGAAUGAAGAGAGGCCUGACUCCGAAAAGGAAUGGUGGAUUCUCAAACCUGGAAUGAGUGAUCGUGGGCAGGGAAUCCGUCUGUUCAACAGCGAAGAUCAAUUACGUGAGAUUUUCGAGGGGUGGGAGGUAGAUGAAUCUGACAUCGAGAGUGAUGCUGGAUCUCCUCUUGAACAGCCUGAAGAGGAGGAGGGAGGAAAAUCUGGAGACCAAGGUGUGGUAACCUCUCAACUACGCCAUUUCAUCGCCCAACCUUACAUCGACCCACCGCUUCUCCUGCCAUCCUCAUUUAACCGCAAGUUCCACAUCCGCACAUACGUCCUCGCCGUAGGUGCCCUAAAGGUCUACGUAUUCAAGGAGAUGUUGGCCCUAUUUGCCGCCAAAUCAUACUCUCCCCCAUGGGAGGCCGAAGACGAAGUGAUCGAUCUCGCCCGGCACCUGAGCAACACCUGUUUCCAGGAAGGCGGAAGCACCAAUGAAGGCAGCGUGCGACGAUUCUGGAGGCUCGAGUCUGAGGUCCCUGGACUCAGUUCGGACUGGAAAGAGAAAGUCUUUGACCAGAUCUGUGGUAUCACGGGCGAGGUCUUCGAGGCUGCGGCUAGAGGCAUGAUGGUUCACUUCCAAACCCUUCCCAACGCGUUCGAGUUAUUCGGGGUUGACUUUAUGGUCGACGAGAACGGGACGGUUUGGUUGUUGGAAUUGAACGCUUAUCCGGACUUUGCGCAGACUGGAGAGGAACUCAAGGAAGCUGUCGUCGGGCGUUUGUUCGAGGAGACGGUGGAUGUUGCUGUGAAGCCGUUCUUCGGUCUGGGAGAUGAGUCUGCGAAUGGGAGCGAACAUAUGAAGCUGGUGGCCAAUCUGGACCUGGGAAGGAAUUUUUAG